AUGCUUAUAGCGUUCGUCGGAGUACUGGAAGCGCGAGGUGGUCGUCGCGCCGGUAAAAGUAAAGGCAAAAGUAACCUGCAAUUUGCACAAGUUGCCGAAUUCUCGUUGGUGCACACGCAAUUACCUGACAGUAAAAGUGCUCAUAUCGUCACCGGAUCACACUUCAGCCAAACAUUCCGGCUGGGUUAUAAGUUGGUACUAAUUUGUAAAGCUAAAGGUACACCACGUCCGACCAUCAAAUGGUAUAAGGAAGGAGCCGAAAUUCCUCCAAAAAAGAAUACACAUCACUACGAGAAGCUACUCGAUGAAGAUAUGUUGUGGAGCAAGUUAGAGAUCGAUCCAGCAACCAUGGGUGAUCAAGGGAUUUAUGCUUGCGUUGCUAACAAUGAACACGGCGUUAUGGCUAAAAAUUUCAAAGCUGAAUAUACUUAUUGAAUCCUCUGUUUCACUGAUGAGUGAUACUCAUCAUAUCAUUACUUUGAAAUUCAUUAAUUUGAUAUCCGAAGGAAUCACUGAUUUAAUACACUAUGUGUUGC